UGUAUGGCCCAUUAGUUGUGUGCAACGACUCAUGAACAGUAACCUAAUCGGUAUUUAAAUUAUAUUAAAUGUAUGAUAACUUAUUUGUUAUUGCUAUCCUCUACUUUACCCCGGAGGCUGGAGUUCAUUGUCUUUGUAGCCUUGCUAGCACAAUGACUAGCAAGCUAGGGUAAUGUUAGCUUGAUAAACAAGCCAUCGCUAAGUAUUAUGAAGAGAAAUUUAGAUUAACUGGUUAAGUGUUGUGCCGAUCGUUCUAUGAAUCUUGGCGGUAGUGCUAGGUAUCAUGUGCUGCUCAGUACCAACAAUGUCAUACCAAUAUAACAACUAUCCUAGGAUAGCUAUCUUAGCCAUAUAAUAUUAGCAAGUAACGCAAACAUUAUCUAUGUUAUUUCUAUGCGAUUGAAAUAUGACAGACAAAAAACAACGGAUAUAAACAUUCUGUCGUCAGCUGCGAAGAGCGGGAAAACCUCAAUUUUAACUAUUAUCUUAGCCAUAUCAUAUUAGCAAGUAAUGCUAACAUUAGCCUAUUUCAAAACCCACCAGGACUCACUUCAAGUGGUAUUUUCAGUUUACGUCAAAUAUGUCUUCUUCUCCUGCGGUUCUCUUGGUGCCGUUUAUGAGUUUCAAACCAGGCAUUAAUGGCGACGCAGUGAUUGUAAGUUAGGUUAGCAUAAAGGUUGACAGCUGUUCAGUGUAUAUGUUACACCUACCUCAGGAUAACCUGUAAAAUAUUGUGUUCUUGUGCUAUAAUCGGGGACCAUUGUCCAGUGUUUAACCAUGUUUUGAUAUCUCUUCAGUAAACUCCCUCUUUGGCAAUGGACAGCAUUAUAAUCCUGGAUGACGAUGAGGAAGAAGAAAAGUCUGAACCGUCAUCCUCCAUUUCCCCACGUUCAUCGGCCUUCAAACCCAGCAAAAAUGUCCAGGCCCCCACACACAUCACCCAGUCACCCUUUGCCUCUGCGAAAAAAGACAGUCAUGUCCUGCAGAAAGAGAAUGAGACGCUAUUCGCGGAGUUUGUGGAACAUUGCAAGCCCCAUACCACAGACUGCUCUGAGGUUCUGACCUUCCUGCAAUCCAGACACACUAAGGCCUCACCAGAUUUCUUGUCUUCUGUUGAGUUCCGGAACACUUUGGGCCGCUGUCUGACCAAGGCCCAGGCCAGCACGGCCAAGACAUUUGUCUACAUCAACGAGCUGUGCACAGUUCUGAAGCAGCACUCGACCAAGAGGCGGACAACCGCUCACACACUCCCUCCUGCAGAGGAAAAGACACAGAAGAGGACAGAUGGAGAGGCGGAGGGUGGGAGUCCCGCAGAGGUCACACCUUCUACCUCUGGGACGCAAGACGAACAUGGAAAUGAAGGACAGGAAGAAAAGAAGACAAAACGGGCUUCCAGGAGACAGAUUGCAUAUCUAGAGAACCUUUUGAAGGUGUACAAUGAUGAGAUUAAGCGUCUGCAAGAGAGAGAGCUCAGUGUGGACGACUUGGAGGAGGAGGACUCAAGCUACAUCCAAGAGCACAAACUUAAGAGAAAGAUGAUGAAAAUCUACGAUAAGCUCUGUGAGCUGAAGAGCUGUAACUCUUUGACAGGGAGAGUCAUUGAGCAGAGGAUAUCAUACAAAGGGUCUCGCCAUCCUGAAAUUAACAAAAAGAUUGAGCGUUACAUCAACAGCCCAGAGGUCCGGUGGAACCCGCCGGACUACCGCGACAUCCUUCAGCUGGUGCAGCGCUCCAACCAGCGCCACUGCCUGUCACUGAGCCGCAGCCAGUUGUCUCAGAUCGCCCAGGACGCCUUCCAGGAGACCGGCCGCCGCCUGCAAGACCGCCGCCAUCUGGACAUGGUCUACAACUUUGGCUCGCACCUCACAGAUGUCUUCAAGCCCAAUACAGACCCUGCCCUCUCUGACUCCGGCCUGGCCCGUAAGCUGCGGACCAAUCGGGAGGUGGCCAUCUCCAGCCUGGAGGAAGUGAUCACCAAGUUCGCCAUGAAGCAGGGCGACACAGAGGAGGAGGAGAGGAAGAAGCGCCAGAAAGCUAACCAGAAGAAAGAGGAGAAUACAGGCAAAGUAGAGGAGGAGGAAGAAAAGGAGGAGGAAGAAAAGGAGGAAGAAGAAAAAGAGGAUGAGAGUGGUGGUGAUGAAGAGGAAGAGGAAGAUGAGGACGAUGAUGUUUCAUCAGACCCAGACAUUGAAGAAGAGAUACAGGCCAGUAAUUCUCAAGAGGGUGACGAGGAAGAUGAGGGAAAUGAUGAGCCUACAAACGCCAGUGAUGGCGAAAACCAAGGCAGUGAGGACUUGCCUUCAGUCAAAUCUUCUGUUCUGGAUGAGGAAGAGGAGGAGGAGGGUGGUGGGGAGGAGGAAGAAGGCACCAGUGAAAAUGACCAGCAGUCAGUGAGCAGCAGCCACAGAGGUGCGUCCACAGACACCUCCCCACCAGAACAACCUACAACGGAAAAUCCCUCCCCUUCAGACAGCCCGAGCCAAUCGGAGCCCGUCAAAACAAAUCCCCUUGAGGACAGUCAAUGGCGGAGCCCCAUUUCCCCCGCUCAGCCUAUCACAACAAACACAGACUCUCUGCCCCCAUCGCCGGCGGUGGUGUCCACCAACCAGGACUUGUUGUUGACUCCCUGUGACACGAAGGCGACCAAUGGCCACCCUUCUCCCCCGAGUCCAGUAAAAACUGACUCUGCCUGGAGUUCCAGGAAGAGAAGGAAAAGUGUUGAUCUUAUCCCACAGACCACCAGCAGCAAGCGUCACAAAGCCAACAGCAUGAGUGGCAGUGAAAGCGACAUCCCUCUGGAUAUGGGCGUGGCCAGCAGCCCCCUCCAAGCAGACUCCACCCGAGCAGACUCACCCACCCAGGAAACGGUGAGCAGUUCCCAGAUGACCCCACCUCCAAAGGCAAAUAAGAUUGAUGCAGCCACCCAGUGUGACCCGGAAGAAGUUAUUGUUCUGUCAGACUCUGACUGAUGAUCACCCGUCUGGUGUUGCAAGAUGCAAGCAAUGGAUCCCUUAUCCUUCCCUUCUUGCCCUCUACCCCUAGCACCUGUUGGAAAAGACACUUGAGCAUUUUUGCUGGACGAUCCUGUAAUCACCUGUAGAGCUGAUGCACCUGUGCAGGCCUUACCUGAGGUGCCUCUGGUACACACUACCUUUUCGGGUGAAGAAUUGUUUACAACUCACCUGCUGCUGGGCUGGGCUCAGAGCAGGAUUGAGCCAUUGUCAUUCAGGGUUUAGUCCAUUUUAACUGUAUUAGUCCUUUUAGUUAUUUUUAAGUUUUGUCAUUAAAUUAAUUAACUUGUCUGAGGGCACUUCUUCAGGAGGUAUGGCUUCCUCCAGCAGUCAUGGUGCUUUUCCUGCAUGCUUCAAUAAAUUGCAACAUAUUUUGUUGCACAACUGAUGGAGUUGAUGUCUGGAAGUGCAUGUGUGGUGCUUAGCAAUCAUCUUACAGGAGGGUGCCACAACUGACCAAUAUGGAGUAUUUGAUUUUUUGUUUUCUGCUGUACAAGCACAACUGCAUUUGUAGUCACAACACUCAGGGAUACAUUGUUUUUCCUGGCAAACUACUUGGAAAUGUAUUUUACAUGUUGUACAUUGUGAAGUAUUUGUCACGGUGGGAAAGUGACAGUAUGACUAUCCUAUCAAGCCAUCUCCACUUGAGGAUGGGAUCUGUCUAUUCAGUGUAGUCCAUUCCCUAAUUUCGAACAGGUUGUCCACCAGUGUGUAGUCUUUAAAAAAACAACAACAACAAAAAGGUGCAAAGGUCACAUUGGACCCCACCAUGCGUGGUAUAGGAAGUAUAGUCUUUAAGAGAUGGAUACGAAAAGUCCGAAAAUCGGCACGUUUUUACCAGAAGACGUCUUAAAUGGAGAAUGCAAAUGGCACACAAAUGCCUCGGUGCUUGAGAAAAAGGGGAUUUUUGAAGAUGUCCACGUUUUGCUGUCUCCCAUACAAUCUCGCCGUUUGAAAAUCUAGCCAAGUAUGUCUUUUCCUCUUAAAGGCAGCACUGCUUUUUUUAACCCAGCUUUCACUAUAGCUUUUUCAAUCCAGACCUUCUGAUUGCCAUCAAUGUGAAGAUCAUUUAAUCAAAAGAAGUUUUCAAGCUCUGAAACUUGGAAAAAGGGCAGUGUUGCACACGAUAAGCAGUCACACUGGGUGCCUGCUGAGCCAAGGCACAGCAGCUCAAGACAAGGGACCGUAUGAGCACUUUGAUUUGCAUAUGCCACUCGAACGGUAAACUUUUAUUUAAUGUUUGUGUUUUUUAGAUGCAAGUUUUUUUUUUUAAAUCUGAUUUUCAAUAAACCAUUCUUUUUACA